AGUCAGUAGCUCGGUUCAGCUCGGUUUCGCCGUUUCACGUCAGUUGUGCGCGCGUCGAAAAAUUCAUAAGGUAGACGUUCACUCUCGUGGUCGAUUCACAUGUGAUAAACGCUAGAACUGACGUCAAUCGAGCCUAGAAUGUAUGAUUUUAACGUCAUUCCCAUUCAAUUGUGAUACGCACAGUCCUUGUUAGUAAGAAUUCCGUAGUUCUGAGAUAUAAGAAGUGCCUCUUUGGUGGUUGCUUAAAUUGUUUUUACAAGUUUCUUCGUUUGUUCUCUGCUUGUUACGACUUUGGAUCAUCAGGAAUUUAUGGAAACGCUGGCGAAGCUAAGAUGAAUACCCCGAAAGAUGAUCAAACUGAUCAAGAUAAACAGGCCGUAAAUGAGAAAUACGCCGUGCACAGCGCUGAUGAGGAUGUCGAAACUGGAAACAUUACGUCUGUGAAUGCUGAUGCCAGAGCAGCAGGUGUGACGGGUAGAAGCACUGUUCACAGUCCGCGAGUAGUUCUCUACCGAAUCCUGAGGACUGUCCUCAUGGCCCUCAGCUUAUCAGCUCUCCUUGUUAUUUCACUGUCUCUUGUGUGGUACUUUUUGGGCUUCAUGUUCCUUGUACAAAUUGUGAUAGUCGCCGUCGUUGUUUACCUCACAGCUGGUGGGGGAUACAAAUGGCUCUACCUCUUAUUACGAACGGGUCCCCGUGAUCUGACUGCUCUGCAAAGAUAUCUGCGUUUCCUCUUUAGUGUCAGACUGUUUUCGAGAGGAGACCUAACUGUAGCUGAUAUUUUCCGCAGACACGUAAUUAAAAAUCCUACCAAAGUCAUCUUCAUUUUUGAAGGGAAGGAAUGGACCGCCCAGGAGGUAGAAGAAUACAGUAAUAAAGUAGCCAAUGUCUUCAAAGCCCAAGGCUUCAAAAAAGGAGAUGCAGUUGCUUUGAUGUUAGAAAACAGGCCAGAGUUUGUGUGCAUAUGGCUUGGUUUGUCCAAAAUAGGUGUUGUUACAGCUCUCAUCAACUACAAUCUUCGUCAAAACUCCUUGUCUCACUCAGUGAAAAUUUCGGAUGCAAGUGCAUUUAUCUUUGGAGAAGAAUUGUUGCAAGAUGUGUUAGAAGUGGCAGAAACACUUAAUAAUGUACAACUCUUUUCUUGGAAUGGUAGUAAAGAAUCCAAAAUUGAAAAAUUUGGUGAUGGAUGUUUGGUCAAUGACAUUUACUCAAUGAUCCAGGAUGCCUCCCCUGCCAUUCCUACAGUGACAGAGAAAAUUGGUUUCCAUGAUAAACUUUUGUACAUUUAUACUUCAGGAACAACAGGACUACCGAAAGCUGCUGUAAUCACUAAUGCAAGGUAUUUAUUUUUGGCGGGUGCUAUAGCAUAUCAAGUUGGAUUCAGAAAUAGUGACAGAUUUUACACUCCACUUCCACUAUACCACACCGCUGGUGGAGCCAUGUGUGUAGGUCAAGCUGUUAUUUAUGGUGCAACUGUUGUCAUACGAAAAAAAUUUUCAGCCUCACAGUAUUUCUUGGAUGUUGUCAAAUAUGAGUGCACGGUUGGUCAGUAUAUUGGAGAAAUGUGCCGCUACAUGUUAUCAACUCCAGAGAAGCCUGAAGAUAAGAAUCACAAUUUACGAAUGAUGUAUGGAAAUGGGUUAAGGCCUCAAAUUUGGAAUGAAUUUGUAACUCGAUUUAAUAUUCCUAAGGUUGCAGAAUUUUAUGGUGCUACUGAAGGUAAUGCAAAUAUUGCAAACAUUGACAAUAAAACUGGGGCCAUCGGAUUUGUUUCCAGACUCGUCCCUUCAAUAUAUCCAAUCUCUAUCAUCCGCGUGGAUGAAAAUGGAAACCCGGUGAGAAAUGCAGAAGGUUUGUGUCAGCGAUGCAAACCUGGAGAGCCUGGAGUAUUUAUAGGAAAAAUAAUUCCAAAUAACCCUGCUCGGGCUUUCCUAGGAUACAUAAAUGAAAAAGAGUCCGAGAAGAAAAUUGUGCGAGAUGUCUUCUCAAAGGGAGAUUCUGCCUUUCUAUCAGGAGACAUCCUAGUUUCAGACGAGUUUGGUUAUUUGUACUUCAAAGAUAGAACAGGGGAUACGUUCCGAUGGAAAGGUGAGAACGUCUCGACAUCAGAGGUGGAAGGAGUGAUUAGUAACGCAGCAGCCUACAGAGACUGUGUUGUCUACGGUGUUGAAAUCAAUGGAACUGAAGGGCGGGCUGGCAUGGCAGCUAUCUUAGACCCAACAAAUUCUUUAGACCUUGAAACUGUAGCUCAACAAACAAAGAAAAAUCUGCCUUCAUAUGCUCGUCCUCUUUUUAUCCGAGCUUUAAAUCAAGUGGAAAUGACUGGUACUUAUAAGCUAAAGAAAUUAGAUCUACAAGACGAAGGUUAUAAUCCUAAUAAAAUUACGGAUAAAUUAUUUUAUCUUGCCUCUGACAGUAAAUAUCAGCCUCUUACUGCAGAUGUUUAUCAGCAAAUUAUAAGUGGACAAAUCAGAUUUUAAGAUUCAUGCCUCAGUCUAUGCUACCGGUUACCUCAUGGAAAAAGUGACCAUUCAUUUAUGCCUGUUGGGUUUAGCCUACUUUGAUCAACUCCAAUGGUCAAUCUAGUGCUCUGAUGUGGAUUUCUCUUCUUUUCAAUUUUUGCAAAGAGACAUGUAAAGUUAUGCAUUUAUCUUCUGUGGUAAUGAAGUGAAGACUUUCAUAAUAAUACUUGAAAAAUUAAUCACCAUUGACUUUGGUGCUAUUCCGAGGGUGUUAUGAUGAGUUUUGAAAAAAUGUUCAAAUCACUGCCUGUCA